AAAAAUUGUUUCUCUUCUUCAUGGCCCUGCGCUUCGCUUCCCUCUCUUUUCCCCUCUUUCAAAACCCUAGCUCUCCAAAUCCCUUUAAACCCUCGAUUUCGAUCCCUCGUUCGUCCUCUGUUCAACCCAAUCCACCCUCCCUUGGCCCUCUGAUCCAUCUCCGAUCGAUUCUGCUUCUCUUGUUUCGUGCCCUAGCUCCCCUGCCCCCGCCCUCCGCUCCAUCUCUUUCGGCGUUGUUUCUCUCCAAUUGACCCCAAAGAUUGGCUUUUUGAUCUUGUACAUCGGUUUCCUGGACUUGGGGUUUCGGUGCCGGUGGGGAAUUUUUGUGGAGAUUGUGAACUUGCUGGUUUCUUGUCUGUUUUUUUGUGCUGAGUUAGGGCUUGGGCAAAGUCGGAAAAGCUUGCAUUCUUCGGUUUGAUUGGUUCUGGGUUGGAAUUGGUGUUCGAGUUGCUGUUUAGGGUUGCAGGGCUGCAGGGUUUGAUUCUUUUCGUGACUGUGGUAGUGGAUUGAAUGGCGAGCCUUUGAGCUCGUGGGUGAAUUGAGGUAUCAUUUCUGAGCUUUGGGUGUAUAUUCUAGCUGUUUUUGGUUGGUGGAGAGGUUCGUGGUGUUGGGUUUUGGUGGUCUGAGAGCAGAGGAGUGAGUGUGAGGUGUGUGGUUUUGGAAGGGAAAGAGAUGAAGUGGAAAUGAGUAGGUUGUCAUUCAGGCCUCGUCCCCUUGACAUCCACAAGAAGCUACCAAUUGUUAAAUCGAUUAAGGAGUUUGAGGAUGAUGAACCUCCAACUACUGGUGCUUCCACUCGCAACUCUCAGUUGCUCCGGCUCGCUGCUGAAACGGACAAUGAGGUGCAACAAACUGCUGUUAAGAGAAGUGCUCAAGAAAUACCUACACCACAAUAUAACAUUGUGGAUACAUAUGAAAGAGAUUAUUCACGGUCGUUUGUGCAACCAACAUCAUACUUACGUGGAAGAGGAGCCAGGGCGGAGAUUGGAGAGUUUGUUGAGUAUGAUUUGGACAAUGAGGAUGAGGACUGGCUUCAAGAUUUCAACAAUGAAAGAAAGAUUCUUACACCUGAAAAGUUUGAGACUCUUUUGUUUAAGCUGGAGGUUUUAGAUCAAAAGGCGCGAGAAAGAGCCGGAUUUAUAACCACAACUCUUGGCCCACCUAUUCCAGUCCGUAUCCAGCUAGAUGCUGCGGCUGAGGCAUUGCAAUCUCAAUCCAUACGGUUUGCAGUUUUCCAGUCUGUAUAUAACUAUUGGAAAGAAAAGCGAGAACAGUGGCAAAAACCUAUUUUGAGACGUUUGCAGCCUCCUCCACCAGUUAAUGAUACAAAUCCAUAUAAUGUGUUCAGGCCAAGGGAGAAAGUUCACCGUCUUCACACAAGAAGGACGCAAAGAAGGGAGAACAAUGUGCAGUCAUUUGAAAAACUCCGCCAGGUUAGGCGUAAUUUGGACCAGGCCAAAAAAAUGGUGGAAGUUUUGAUUAAGAGGGAAGAGAAGAAGCGAGAGUGCAUGGAAAAUGAGGUUAACCUUCAACGGAUUCAAAUGAAGUUUAAGAAUGAGGCACAGCUUCUUGAUGACGGGCUGGCAUUACAUGGCUUCUCAUCUGCUCCAUACAAAUUUGGAUCAAGUGAGGAUGACCCUAUCGACUCUGAUGAUGCAGCAAAUGCUCAGCCACGCAUUCACCCAGCUGGAGUGCAGAAUUCACGCUUCAAUAACUCCAAGCCAAUAAUGAUCACAACUGGGCGCAUGAAACGAGAUCUAAAACGAAGACCUCUUGCAAAUGGAUGGAUUCAGAAGAGGGACCCACUUGAACCAGUUUUGUUGUUCGCAAAGCCUCUCGACCCAGAACGGUUAGCGGUUGCCAGCAUUGUGCCGCCACCUGAUCCUCCAAUCGAGAAUGGAUCUGUUGCACCACCAUACCGCUUCCAUGGCAGGAUUGGACGCGGAGGGCGCCUCAUAUUCGACAGAGUUCCAAUCGGAAGUGAAAGUUCCUCAUAUGUUUUACCAAACUUUAGACCUCCUCAACCAAAUGGUUGAAACCAAACAGCUUUCCCAGACUUUCAUUUCAAUACUUCAGCUGCAGAGAUGAAUCCAAUGAAAGCCCAAUGAUAAUGAAAAGGAUCCUGGGAAACCUCCUUUCCAUUAACUUAGGAGAUGAUUCAUUCUGAUAUGGUGAAAGACCAGAAGCAAGCCAGUUCCGGAAAGUCGGGUUUCAGGUAUCAUCUCUGCAAUGGUGGAGGUCGACGACAAAGAUGGCAACCGCGACCAAAGUAACAAAUGACAUGGGUAUUUUUUUUUGCUGGAUUUGUUAACGUCGGGGCAUGCCGUAAUUUUUGUUUUCUCUAAUUUUUAGCCAUGCCUCACCUUACUGGCCUCCCCACCAUUGUACAAUUAUUCACAUCUCAAGUUGAAAUCUAGAGCAUUAUUUCCACAA